AUGAUGGGCAGCUUUCCAGUAAGUACACACGCAUCAUCUUCGUCGCCGCAAUACCUGUUUUCCAUCAUGAGAGCGCGCACUGAAUGUCGGCCGUAUCUUUGGUGGAGAUAGUCUGACAUCAACCAGGGCGCAGAAAGGGCUUUCGCUCUGCUCAAUCUUCCGGCAGAGCUUCGCAACCGCAUUUAUGAAUACGCUGUUAUAUCAUCCGAUCGUUUGCUGGUUCCAAGUACUUGCAAGCACGAUGAUCGGCCAACAGCGCAACAGCCUGCGCUCACGAAGGUCAACCGACAAGUCCGGGAGGAGACCAUCAAGACGUUCUACGCUGAAAAUGUCUUUGUAUAUCAUAUCCAUCGUUGUGAUUUCGAAUACAUGUUCGAAUGGAUGACGGCGAUCGGCCUUGAAAAUCGCUCUUCUGUACGAAAACUGCAGCUGGUCAUCAAAGAUCGUUGGACCUGCGGCGUGGGGCUCCUGGAUUUCUUGCGCUGGUGUACGAAUACGAAAGGCAUCGAGAACCUGUGGUUGAUGCCCGAUCCCCACGAAUGGCAGAAGGAGCAGUUCCUCCAAAUGGAUGAAAAUGAUCAGCAGCACGUCCUGGAAAGGGAGAACAACAUUGGCUACUGCAUGGCAGCAAGCGUCAUCCUGCUCAUCGAAAUGGUGGACCUUUCGAAUGAUCUCACCGAGCAAGGCAGGCGGUCUGAGCACAGUAUACGCCCUGCGUUUUUGGAAAGGCUUAUUGCGUUGGAGAUGACUUGUCGCUGUAUCAGAAAGUCCUGCAAUGGUUCAAGAGAUGGGAAGACCUGUGCUUGUGCUUUCGAGGGCUAUUGCACUCGGAUGUGGAAGCACGUUGGUAUCGAGAACCGUACUGCGCUGGCGAAGGGCUGCAUGCUCCGUCAUUGA